AAGAAACUGUUGUAUUUACAAAAAGACACAGACACCAAACGAGUGUACAACAGUUACAACAAAACUUUAUAGUUUAAAACAAUAAUUUAGUUUUAUUUCCUUUAUUUGUUUCUAUUUUAACUUUUUUCCCCGAGUAGUGGAGAAAAACAGUGUUUUUGUGAUAGAAAUCCUUUUAACGUAAAAACGUUUUAACAAACAAACAUAAAUAAAAUGAAGCCUUUUUGUGUGGUUUUAGUGGUUUUGUGCGCUGCUAGCAUGGCUUCAGCUCGUCCUGAACCCCCACGUGAUAGUUAUGCAGCUCCACCAUCCAACAGUUACUCAGGCCCACCAUCUAGCAGUUAUUCAGCACCUUCCAGUAGUUAUGCACCCAGUGUGCCCAGUGGUAGUUAUGGUGCUCCACAACCCGUCUAUGGUCCACCACAACAACCACCAGUGAUACAUAAGCAUGUCUAUGUUCAUGUACCACCACCAGAGCCCGAGUAUCAAGCACCCAGAAAACCCAUUGUUGUGCCUCCACCACAAAAACAUUACAAAAUUGUGUUCAUUAAGGCUCCAUCACCACCAGCACCCACUGCACCCGUUAUACCACAAUUGCCCCAAACCGAAGAGAAAACUUUGGUCUAUGUGUUGGUCAAGAAACCCGAAGAGCAGCCCGAUAUUGUUAUACCCACACCAGCUCCCACACAGCCCAGCAAACCUGAAGUUUAUUUCAUUCGCUACAAGACCCAAAAGGAAGAGUCUGGUCCCUAUCCCAACAGUAUUGCACCAGCUCCUUCUGGCGAUUAUGGUGCUCCAGCUGCUCCCUCAGCUCCCUCGGCGCCCAGCUCUUCAUAUGGUGUACCCCAUUAGAGCUUUUUUUAAGGAAGAAAAAAAAAAAAACGGGAAGAAAUCUUGAAUACAAACAAAAACAAAUACUCAUUUAAAAAGCCUUCUAAUGGGCUUUUAUUGUGAAUUCUUUCACUAGAAAAAAGGGAAAAGUAAACUCUACGCAAGAUUCAUUAGUUAAAAUAAGAAACUCUCUCUCCGAUUCUCUCUAGCUAAACUCUAAAACUUUUACUCUUUCUUUGUCUUUCUCUAGAAACUGCUCCUUUAAAGAGCAUCUUACUAUAAACCCCUCUUUAAACUUUUUUAAUUAUUAAGAUUUUUUUACAUAUACAUUUUUUAUAAAAAAGUUGAAAAUAAAAAACUUUUUUAACGUGUGACAAAUUUAUUUAUAAGUAUUUUUUAGCAUUAUUUGUUGUUUCUCAUAGGAAUAUUAUGCAAAAACCC